ACAGAUUCAGUGUCCAGGAGCUCCGGCCCACGAGUUUGGAUUUCCUCCAGGCUCAGCCUUCUCCAGACAGGGCCUGAAUUUACUGCUGCUGCUCUGGGAGUCAAAUUUCAUGCAACCAUUCCAAUGGUGUAACGGAUGCCUGUGUGGUUUGGGUUCUCAGCGCUCUGAACGGUACUGCAGCAUGACGUCUGACAUCUAUCACCUCCCGCUCAAUGUAUAUGUCAUUGUGCUGGGCAUCGGCCUCUUCGUCUUCAUGCUCAGCCUCAUCUUCUGCUGCUACCUUUUCAGGUUGAAACAACAAGGAACGAGGGAGCAGUUCAGCUACAAUGAGGUGGUGCUGAAGGGAGCCAGCAAGAAACUGAGCCUUCUAGGACAAACCUGUGCGGUGUGUCUGGAAGAAUUCAGGACCAGAGAUGAACUGGGAGUGUGCCCAUGCUCACAUGCAUUUCACAAGAAGUGCCUGCUUAAGUGGCUGGAGAUCCGCAGCGUGUGCCCAAUGUGUAACAAACCCAUUCUCCGGCUCCACACAGACGCCCCCCAGGGUGCAGAGGGUCCCAUGGACCCUGAGGAGGUGUGAGGAAGCUGGUAAAGAGGAAAGCAGACUCCCCUUAAAGAAAACAUACACAUUAAAUACACUAGGGAUGAUGGACAGCGGCCAUCUUAAAGACAUCUCACAAGAAAUGUUGAUAAUGAUCCCCAAGUGGCUGCCUUGCUGCUGACCUUUGAGCAAUAUGCCUAGCUGGGAAUUGGAUAUUGACAGCACCAAAAUGAUUUGGUAAGAUCAGACAGGCAGGGGGGUGGAUGAAUAGGAUCUUUUCAUAAAAAUAAAAAAAAAUCAUCCUAGUUCUACUUCCAUAUUGCACUGUUCACCAAAAACAUGACAGGAAAAAGGAGCCACCUUAGAGAGCAGGAUAUCACUGUCACUGGACGACUAGUGCAGCACUGCCAGAGACAAAUAACACUAAAGGCAUUCAGCAGGACAUCAGAGUACAGGAUCAGUAUGGAUACCUCUAAUAUCUCAGGGGUGUUACCAAUACAGCCAGCACAAAACCAUGUCAGUCACCCUAUAACCCUGUGCCACACAUGCAUCUUCAAUACUGCCAAUGUAGAUGAAAUGCUCUAGCGAUCAGAGGUCGCCACAACUUUUGGCUGAAACUAAGACCAGCGGGAUUACAACCAUGACAACUUAAGUAGACAAUAUUGUUACAGAUUGUGUCCCAGGAACUUUCCUUUAAAAAAAAAAGAAAGAAAAAAAAGAGAGACUGAUAGCAAACUAGUCUUGCCUGUAUGUAUUGUAUGUAAACGUGUCCCUAUAUAUUGUUAUUUUGUAUUUGUUGCUUUUAAAUAAAACGUCAUGUAAUGUA